CAACACCGAACCUAAAGAGGGGCGAAAAGUUUAAUAUAGAGCAACCGAUCCGGGGGUCUCGAGACCAUUUGGCCGUAGUCUUCGGUGCCAAACGCGUGCACUGAGUUGGCAUUCCGUACCGAUAUAGUGUUCGCGUUGUCGCGAUCGUGAUUGUCACUCGCCGUCGCCAUUCCAAAAGAAAAGGAUCAAUUUCUCCAGUCGAGCUGAGGGUCUAGACGGGAUCACGUCACGAUUGAUUGGCGCGCAAUCUGCGCUAAUGAGGCACGAUCUUUGAAAAUUCCACCCAUAUCGGAGGAGAGGCUUGGCGGGCACGACGCGUGCGUGUGAAAAGUGUCUAAGAUUUUCGGACCCCUGCCUCGGUCCAGACUGUGGAAGUGAGCGAAGAAAAACAGAAAAAAGGCAGUUUUCAGUCACCGUCAAGAGUGAGAGUGUCGUCGGUGGUCUCUGGCGAGAGGUCUCUGGCACAGCAUCUGGCCCUCGCAAUCUCAUAUCGAUUCGAGAUCGCGCACGGUUCGGAGGUGAAAAGCUUUUCCUCUUCGGUCGGUCGGGAAGGUGGACGGAUACGCGAUUAGUGCUCGUGUGAAUUCCGAAACAUUGUCUUGGAAGAAGGACGGACCCCAAACCGAGAUUGCGGGCCCAUUGUGGGUAAGGUUCGACCGGCAAAGUUCAUUCGGUGUGAAAGGGGGAAUAUGAUUACCAGUUUCUUCUUUGGAAAGGUCGCAAAGUGAGAUUUGGAAACAAGUGCCCGGCCAUUGUCGGUGUCGGUUUUGUACACGCAGAUUAGAAGGUGGAUUGUCAGCGGUUUGUACCGACAGAAGAAGAAACGAUUGUGCUGCAGUCAGUGGAUGGAUUAUGAAGUGUUGAAUAAGCGUGUUUCAAGAAAACGUGAUUCGUGGAAAAGUUGAUGAACAUAUUCAAAAGGAUUCCGAGCCUUGAUGAUCCAGGAUGCUGACGACGAUAGCACUCUUACUGGUCACAUCCGUACUCGGGACGGCCACCCAGCAAAGCCCGUCCCCAAAUGACCCACCGGCGAAACCAGUUCGAACGAUUCUGCUGCCAACAGUUCCCCCGGAUGAGUUGUUCACCGUGAUUCACGCACAGUCGGCACCGCCAACAGUGGGACCUCCUCAGAGCGAUGGUGGCGUUCGGUAUGAACAUUCGAUAUCGUUGGGACCUCAUAGCAACUACUACGUGUACUAUUCGGACAACAUUCAGCGACACGCGCAGGAAGCACAGCAACAUGAGCAACAACACCAGCAGCAACUUCCGUCACCGAUUGCUUAUCAGCCUCUCGUUGGUUACUCCAACGAACAGUCUAGUCAGAUAAUGUUUAACCCCAACGCCGUGCCGGUACAGCUGGUGACUCUUGUUCAACCCACAAUCGAUGACGCUAUCCGGCAGGAGAACGCCACUGCUGAACAACAGUUUUUGCCAACACCCGUACCACCUCCAUCACCGUACUUGGACAUCAACGAAGAAGGAAUCCAGAAGCUGGUAACCUCCACGCAAAAUCUGGUAACGAACGAAGAUGUUGUAAGUAUCAACAACGCCGAAGAGGGCGAGGGAAAACCAACGGAAGUGACUGAGGAAAAGAUAGAGACGAAAACUUCGGACAGUGAGCCAAGUGAAAGCUCGAAAAAAGAGAGUCGAUAUCUUGAUAAUGUCGCUGUUCCGUCUUUCGACAACCCAAUCGUUGUCGGCGAAAUGGCCGAGACGGCUCCGAGAAAUCAUCGAUCAGGAAACAAGAUAGACAAUUUGUUAAAACAAAUCAACGUUGAAAUUCUGGGGGAAUCCGAUGAUCACAACAAAGGACAGUUCUUAAAGGAGACAAGCUACAGAGCAAAUCAGUUAACUUCUGAACCAUGCGAUGACGAUGGGAAAUCCGUACCAGUAGAAAUCAAACACGAAGUUACGACGAUUCGCCCAAUCACCCUGAGUACCAAAGCUCGAGGAUCAACGGCUUCAAGGCUAAGCACGCGCUUCCGAACGACUACGGCGAGCCUUCCUACGGCAACCGCUCGAUACACAGCUAAAGAACCAACCACUGUAACUCCAAAACCUGUCUCGCAAAAAUAUUUGGCACCAAUUCAAGCAGGACUGCGUCUUUCCAACUCUGGAAAGAACAUCGAGGACUGUGUUGACGAGAAAGGAUCGAAAACGGUCGUAGAAGUUCAGAAAAGCAUCAACCUUAAGAAUCUGGUAGUUGGUCCUCAACCGACUCAACAAGUUAAACAACCCGAGUUUGGAGCUCGAACAACUGUUGUACAUCAGCCAAUCAUAGUGGAGAAACCAGUCGAACGGAUCGUUAAACAAAACGUUUAUAUUGAGAAACCAGUCGAACGCCUCGUUCAUCAACCGGUGUACAUCGAGAAGCCGGUUCCUCAACCAGUUGAUCGUAUCGUUGAGAAGAAGAUUCCCGUUCCUUACCCAGUCGAGAAGAUUGUUGAAAAACCGGUACCCACUCCUGUUCAUGUCCCAUAUCACGUAGAAAAACAAGUUCCAGUUCAUCACUACAUCGAUCGUCCCGUUCCUCAUCACGUGCCUGUUCCAGUGACUGUGGAAAAGAUAGUGGAAAAACCAAUCACUGUCGAGAAGGUCAUCACCAAAGAAGUCCAGGUUCCAUAUCCGGUGACACAAAUUGUUGAAAAGAUCGUCGAUCGGCCCGUUCCCGUGGAAAAAGUCGUCACCAAAGAAGUCCAAGUUCCUUACCCCGUUACUCAGUUCGUAAAUCGACCUUACCCCGUUGAAGUCCCGGUAGAAAAGGUCGUCGAGAAGAUUGUUGAUCGACCAGUUGAAACGGUUGUCGAGAAACACGUUGAAGUUCCCGUGCCUGUCACCGUUGAAAAGGUCGUGGAGAAAUUCAUUGACCGUCCGGUUCCCUAUCCUGUUCAAGUCCCCGUUGAAGUCCCGGUUCAGGUACCCGUCCACUAUCCCGUAGAAGUCCCAGUUGGCGUUCCCAUCCCAUACCCCGUUGAAAAGCUCAUUCCUGUCACUAUUCACGAACCCAAACCCACACAUGCUUUCAUUAAGACCACUCAUCAUGAAAAGCUAUUCGACUUUCAUAAGUUUUUUGGAGGAAAGAAAAAGCACUACACCGAACACUUUAUCUUGAAAGCUCCACCUUUGCCAAAACCCCCUGUAAUCGAAGUCCCCGGUAAACACUACUACUUCCACAACCAAUUCCCCAAGAACGAUCUACACUUUGGAGCUUCGAUCCCAGCACCGUCCUAUGUGGACGUGGGCCAUAUCAACGUUCUUCCACAUCACUUCCCUGAAAAAUCCAAAUCCAUCUACGGUGCCCCACUCACCGGAGAGAUCUUCAACGGUAAAUCAUCGUACCAUUUCAACCCAUAUCAGCAUUACCCGCUAAUCGAUCAAUCGCACUUUGUAGGCAAAUUUACCUACCAAGCAGCUCCGUUACCUCCGCUACCACAGCAACAUCAUCAUCACUUCCAAACGUCUACGGCUCAGCUGUUGCCCGGAGUUUACAAGGACGACUACGUAGGACCAACGCCACUGCUGGAGGACCACUGGGCCGUCAAGAGUGACGUCAAGUUCCGCCGGAGUCCCGCGUACGGCAAGAGCCUGCGGAUCGAGUACGGAGGGUUUAAGCCACCGCUAGUGCCAUCGUUGGAGAUUGACGAGAACGGAGUGCCGCUGAACAAGGAACAGAACGCGAAUUAAGGUGGAACCGACGAAAAUGGACGGACCUACGCCCGUAGACUGAAAUCGUUGUUAAAUUGUGUAUUCUGCACGUCUUUGUUAUUUUUUUGGAGUAGUUCAGAUGCCGGAGGGUGCAAUGAAGACUCUUCUGCUGAUGCUUUAGUAUUAGGUUAGAAUAGAAGAAUUGUAGUGAAAGAAACGCUCAAUAUGCCAACAAAGUAUAUCAAAGCUCGAUUUAUAGCUUUAGGGAAAACGACAUCGAUUAAUAAUUAGUAAUUUAUUGUUACACUUGUGGCAGUCAAGUGUUAGGAAUAAGAUAUUGUGUAUGAGUAAGCGAAUAAAAUGGUAUUAUAAA